CUGGUCGGAAGUGUCUGUCGCUCCGGUGCGAGCCUACUGUUCUCGUGCAGAGUGUUUUAGUGCGAUAGCUCAAGCCGAGUGUCACGGUUAUCGGGCGACAUCCAAAACAAAAAACCGACGGCCGCGUUCGAUUGCACCGACAGACGGAGAGAGGCCCAACGUGCGCGUGUGUUUAGCAUCCACUCCCGCAGUUCGCAAUGGCCAGCUAGCAUCCUUGCUGGUCCCUCACCGACGGAGUGAAACAAACACGUUACAGCAGCAAGGAAAGCGCGCUCGGGUGAAGCUCCAAACGCCCCCCGGAAGUGCCUGAGGUCGGUUGUGUGUGCAGUGGCGCUUUCACGCGCGCGAACCGGACGCGUGACCCGGGCUAGGCAUAAAAACAUGCGAAAAAGCAACCCUCCCCAAGGGUGCCACGGGGCACAGUGAGAGGCGGUGAGGAAGCCUAGGUGAGCAGGAGCCAGCGGGAGCUCGGGUUUUUGGCGGUGACGUAAAAGUCGCGGAAAACGUCGUCCUCGUUGUCGUCGACGGUCUAAUAUUACAAACAACCCCUGGAAAGGUAACAACAGACGGGUGGGGGGCAACAAAAAAAAAAGACCCAAGCAAAGAAGAAAGGACCGACGAAAAAAGCAACGGCAACGCGGCGUUGACAGUGGGUAGGCGGUGGUGCAAGGACCUGCCUUUUCCCACGAAACGCCCCACGGGUGGGUUUUCACGGUUUCGCGAAGGAAGCUUUCCCUUUUGCACGCGUGUGCCUGUGCGUUGCGUGCGUGUGUGUUUCGGUGGGUGAGAGUGCGUGCGUGCGUGCGUGCGUACGGUGAAUGUGUGCGUUCGCCGUUUGGCCUUAAAAAAAGGGGUCGGAGUGUCGUCAAGUGAAGGAGCCGGUUACCAACGCGAGCCAGCCGCGAGACGUCGCAUUUUAUCGAUACACACAACUGCCACGAAGCUACGCGAAAGCGAGACGCAGCGGUGUGCGAGUGAGACGGCACACCGGAACGGGAGCACACGAAAAGAAGCAAACGCUCAGGGCCUCGGAAACCUCGAAGCGCAGCCAGAAAUUACAUCUUCCAGCAUCAACCCUACGGGAACGGAUCCAGCAUGGCCUCGGGCCAUUUCUUUUGGGCCAUAUUUUACUUCGCUUGCCUCUGCAGUGCAUCGCUCGCCAACAAUGCCAAAGUUAACUUCCGCGAGAAGGAGAAGAAAAUUCUAGAUCAAAUCCUGGGCGCCGGCAAGUACGACGCCCGCAUCCGACCGUCGGGCAUCAACGGAACCGACGGUCCGGCCGUUGUUCGCGUCAACAUUUAUGUAAGAAGUAUAUCAAAAAUCGAUGACGUGACUAUGGAGUACAGUGUGCAGCUCACGUUCCGAGAACAGUGGCUGGACGAACGAUUAAAGUUCGAUGACAUCGGAGGCCGCUUAAAGUACCUUACACUGACCGAAGCAAACCGUGUGUGGAUGCCUGACUUGUUCUUCUCGAACGAGAAGGAAGGUCACUUCCACAACAUCAUUAUGCCGAACGUCUACAUCCGUAUCUUCCCGUACGGAUCGGUACUAUAUAGCAUACGUAUUUCACUCACGUUGGCCUGCCCGAUGAAUCUCAAGCUGUACCCACUGGAUCGUCAGGUGUGCUCGCUGCGUAUGGCAAGUUAUGGUUGGACGACGGCCGAUCUCGUGUUUCUGUGGAAGGAGGGCGAUCCCGUGCAGGUGGUGAAGAACCUGCACCUGCCCCGGUUCACGCUGGAGAAGUUCUUGACCGAUUACUGUAACAGCAAGACCAACACCGGUGAAUACAGCUGCCUGAAGGUGGAUCUGCUGUUCAAGCGCGAGUUCUCGUACUAUCUGAUCCAGAUCUACAUCCCCUGCUGCAUGCUGGUGAUCGUGUCCUGGGUCUCUUUCUGGCUCGAUCAGGGUGCGGUACCGGCGCGCGUCUCGCUCGGCGUCACCACCCUGCUCACGAUGGCCACGCAAACGUCCGGCAUCAACGCGUCACUGCCGCCCGUGUCCUACACCAAAGCCAUCGACGUGUGGACCGGCGUCUGUCUGACGUUUGUGUUCGGUGCCCUGCUCGAGUUCGCCCUCGUCAACUACGCGUCCCGUUCAGCGGAUAGGGCAGCAGACAUGCACCGAGAGAAUAUGAAGAAAAAGCGCCGUGAAAUGGAGCAGGCCAGUCUGGACGCGGCCUCGGAUCUGCUGGACACCGACAGUAACGCCACCUUCGCGAUGAAACCGCUCGUGCGCCAUCCGGGAGAUCCGUUGGCGCUGGAAAAGCUUCGUCAGUGCGAGGUGCACAUGCAGGCCCCGAAGCGGCCGAACUGCUGCCGCAGCUGGAUGUCGAAGCUCCCGACCAGCCCCUUCAAAAACGUGCCAUGUCUGGGACGAGGGCAAUGCUCCCGCUCGAAGCGCAUCGACGUCAUCUCCCGGAUAACGUUCCCGCUCGUGUUCGCCCUGUUCAACCUGGUCUACUGGAGCACCUAUCUCUUCCGCGAAGAGGAGGAGGACUAAACGCCAGCGGGACAACGGACGUCUGCACGCCACCGCCAACAAACGCCAGCAAACACAUAAAUAUUACCAGUAAUAGGCGUUUAGCGAUAGAGCGCUGCACGGUUGCGAAGAAGCCGCAGAAAAAUCAGUGUUAUCUACGGUCACGGACAGCAGGUGCUCGAUUCCAGAAAUCCGUGGCAAACCAGCAGUUGUGGCGAUCGCUAGGCCAAACUUCUGGCUCGCGUUGGGUCAAGAGGCAAAAAAAAGGAUUAAGUACACACACCCACACACGCAUACAAAUACACUCGUACUCACGUACAUACUCAAGAACCUGCAUCAGCAAGAACCACAAGAAAAAUAACCAACUUAAUAACAACCCGAAGGAACGCGACUCAAACGGGAGACGCCUAUGUGUAGGUUAGUUCCAGAGUUACUGGCGGUACUGGACGAGUCGCGUCAUCACCCUCAGAAGGACUUCAAUCUCUGCCACUUUCACAAUUUCUACACUAAACCACGGCCCACGUCUGACAACGCGAAAUUUUCGCGCUUUUUCGUUUCGCCAAAGUCAUGUACGAUCCGCUCAUCAGCAAUGGCCGCCUCCGUUUCCUACCGGCCGACUAGGUUUCUACGCUAGCUGGGACGUCAGUGCCUUUAGCUGAGCUAGUGCUCCCGCGUUCCGUUGCCCAGGCCUGGAAUGAGCCGUGCUUGAGCCUGCAUUCUCUCGUUGCCGUUUGUGUUGACGCUUUGCGGGUGAAGGAAGUAGCCGAGCCCCUUUUUUACACCGCUCAUAGCUCACCACGUCCCUGUCUCACUAGAGCUCUAGCGAGUGCCAUAGUUGUAAACAUUUUGCGGUUGUGAAUAUCGGACCGGGACACACAUACACAAAUUUACAAAACACACAUACACACACCCAUCGAUAGCAUGUUAAGCUACGACAUCUUCGGCUCAAGGAUUCGUUGGGGCUUCCUUCGCCCGCACGUGGCAUGCUCUCGCGUUCUCAUUCGCCAUUAGAGAUCCUGUUGAUCCAACAGCAACACGCAGGUACGCGACGGGGAAAAAAGAAGGUUCAAAAUCAAAUGAGGGGAUUUCGUUGAGCUAUGUUCUACUGUGAGACGUUGCUCUCUUUUCUAGCUGAAUUUUCGGUCCUUGAACAUAUAUAAAGCUUAAAACCUAAGUCAAAAGCAGAUGGACCUCCACUCGCAAUCGGUGCGGAGAUGGGUACUUUUUCGGUGAUUUUUUUGUUAUUAUGUUAUUGCUAAAAUUUUGCACAAAGUAAACCAAAAAUCAACCAAAAGAAGAAAAUUUAAACAACCGUGAGUAUGUGCACAAAAUUAGAAUUCGGAAACCUAGCUUUCCCUAGGCUAUGUCAUGAGCAAACAUUCGAAGCAAAUACAAACGCACACACCGUAUACUGCAGUAGCUCGUAAAGCAAAAACACACAUAUGUCACACAUCAACCCACGAACACGCAUUCACACACAUGCAAAUCAAUCGUAUUAACACAAACUAUUCUCGUGCAGGACAUAAAUAGUUCGCUAUUUUCUUAAAUAUAACCCAACUAGGCGUAAAAGAACGUUGUGAGCUGACGGUGCGGCAGGCAGGAGAAAAAGCCGCAGCGUAGAGAUGAAAAACUCUAAAAAAAAUUACAGGGUCAUAGCUAUUGCAGAUGCGGUGGCAAACCAUUUCGCAUCUAGCAAUACUGCUAACAGAUUAUAAAUGACGACGCUGCAUCUCGUGUAACAUAAGGACAGAAAAUUAAUGGCAAAUUCUACGAAUUACAAAAUCUCUCUCACACAUACACACAGUCACCAACACGGAUAAGUCAAACACACUCAAACAUGCUCUUACAUUGAAGCAACAAAACGCAUAAACUUUAAUACGAUAAGCGAAAGACAUGUCAAAGAAAUCGAACGAAGAUUAUUUUAGAUGUUAUAAAUGGUAGUACUACUUUAUUGUGCUGUGUGCGAUAUGCAUGUUAGAGAUGAAAGAGAGAAAGAAAAAAGUAAGAAAGAAAGAUUAGAUAAACCACAAAGCAUAAAUGAAUCGAAUCGAAAAAUAGGGAGGAAAGAAUCGAACCGAAAGGCUAGCUAUGAUGAUAAGCUCAUCAGUAGAAGAAACUGAAAGCGGUAUGUAAAGCAAAACGUUAGAAGAAGCAAAGAAAAACAACAACACUUUACCGAAUCAAAAUGAAAACUGUUCUCUGUAGUGUUUUUCAAAGUAAGUACACAAGUAAACAACAACAGCAACACAAAGAAAAAAAACAAACUAAUGUUAAAAAAAGCAUAGUUAAAUAUCCCAGUCGAUCGAACAGGAGAAGAUAACAAGAAAAAGAAAGAGAGAGAAAGAGCUGCGUUAUGUGGUUGCACGUUUUUUAUAUGAAAUUUUAACGUAUUUUCUAGAUCAAAACUCUAGGGUGAACAAAAAAAUAACAAGAAAAACAAACAAAGACUACCGCGCCCCAAAGUACGCCGGCCAGUGUCUCUUUUCGAUGCCAAGGUGACCUGGAGGAUCGGUUGGAAGAUCAAUGAUGUAUCUACCCAGUUUCAACGUCCGUUAGAUUUGUGUCAUAAUUGCGAAAGGCGUUCGUUCGAAUUCGGGUUUUGAAAUAUUUCCAGCAUGGCAAACGGAACCCGUUGUAAGGUUCCGUGCUCGCCGCGAGGAAAUAUUUCCAUUUCGUAGGUGAAACAUUUCAUGAGAUCGUUUUAUUCGUUGCAAUCGACGCUUGAAAUUUACCUAGGAUCUAUGAUAAUUCGCCACGUUUGAGGGGUUUGUUUCGUAAUGUUUACGAUGUUUCUUUUCUACCGAAGGAUAACCAGAAACAAUGCUUAGACAUUUGUUCCUAGCGCUCGCGAUGCGGAAGGCUUGGUUAGCCGUUAAAUUCUCAUUUCAAACCAAACUUAUGAUAGCAAAACGAAAUGCACGAAUCUCUGAGUCAGAAUACGAAUACGCACCGGUGACUGGAAUGAAAAACAACAAUCAGCGGAGAAAACCGAACGGGCGUAAGAGAAACGGUUGCAAACCACUACAUAAAUACGCGCAAAUGUGUAAAUCAAUCUGUCUAUAAGCAAGAACUGUAGAUUUUCCUACGUUAGGCUGAUGUUAAGCGUACUGGAGAUGAAUAAGUUGAAGUAAAAACUGUAACUGUGGUGCUGUGCAUAAAAAAGAUUUUAACAGACAUGUUAUUCGUAUGGUUCGGUGAACAGAGGAGUGUUGCCGAAACUCAAUGUAGCAAAUAAAUUGGCAUCUUCCAUGGUUUUGCCAUUGGCGGUCGCAA